GGAUGCUGGGAUAUAAGGAUUUUUAUUGUAUUGGCUGAAGUUAGCCAUAAGAAGUAUUUUUACAUAAGUGACAAGUAGAAAUGACAACACGAAUAUUUUCUGGAAGCAAAUUUUCCAGUAUAGUCUAAUUCAUUGACAAGAUUCUGCGAAAUUCUGUUUACAUAUUGCAAACGAUUACAUUACCAAAAAACUAACGUAUACAUUUUUUUAAAUUAUAUAGAUUCUAUAGUCGAUUCCUAUUAAUUUAGUGGUUUAUACGUCAGAAUCGCUGCAACAGAACAUGUUAAUUAAUUUUCUAUCAUAUUUGUGAUGAUAUUUUUUAACAACGUUUAAAAAGUACAUUAAACAUGUCAUGUAAUAUUUGUCAAACAAAAUUCUCUUUCUUCACUAAAGAAGUUGCUUGCCCCAGUUGCGGUUUUUCAUAUUGCAAUAAGUGCCUCAAAUAUAAAUGUAAUAUUCCAGAUAAAGGAGUGAAAAAGGUCUGUGGACGUUGUUUCAGUAAAUAUAAUUUUACAAAGAAUUCAAACUCUAAUAGUAGUAUGGAUAUGUCUGAUCAACACAGCGAGCUUUUGCCUCCAGUUGAUAUUACAAAGAAAUUAGAUUCUUUGGAAAAUCCAGCUAAACCUCCCAUUGUAAUGUAUAAACACACAAAUCAUUGGGAUAAAUUUAAAAAAGGUUUAGAACCUGCAGAUCAAGAGAUAGUUGAUAGAUUGCGAAAAUUGAAAGAGGAGGACAAAACUGUUGCCUUAAGUGUAGAUGAAAUAAAAAGGAGAUUAGCUUUGUUAAAGGACGAAGAUCCUGGUGCUAGCAAUCACAAAGUAAAUGUAAAUCAAGUGGACACUAGAACAGAUCAACAGAAAGCAGAUGACUUGAUACAAGAAUACCUUGAGCAGUUAGAAUUGUCCUCAGGUAGUGAUUCUGUUAGCGAAAUGCAAGCAAGAUUAAGAUCCCUGCAAGGUAUUGCUGAUAAACCUCAUUCGCAUGCAAAUAAGAACCUUGAUGACGACGAUGAUGAGGAGAGACACGUAGCAAAGAAAUUAAUCGCGAAGGCUUUAGCCGAAGCAGAAUUGGAGAAAAAGUAUGAAGAAGAUGUAGAUGAAUUACAAGAAAUGGAAAUCGAGGAAGGAAAAUGUACAGACGACGAAGAGGAGAAACCAUCAUGCGUGACCUGUGAUCAAACUGAAAAUUUAGAACGAUGUCUAGGCUGUCACGGUGAUCUGUAUUGUCCUACAUGCUUCGAGGACAAUCACGAUGAUUUCGAGAUGCGGAAACAUAAAAGAGAACCAGCUACGAAAUCAAAUCUUCAUUAAUAGAAAUAUGUUCAGAUAUUGCUUACAAUUGGUAUUAUUAAACGAAAUUUUAUUAACGGGA